AUGACCAUCUGGACAUUCUUGGGAAGACAAUGGACCGUACUUCCCCCAGCACCCAAGGGAGAUUACCUAAAGGGUAAAGUAAUAUUGAUCACGGGUGCAAAUUCAGGUAUAGGAUUAGAAUCACUCAAACAUUUCGUUCAAGCUUCGCCAUCAAAAUUGAUCUUAUGUGUGAGAUCAAUCGAAUCGACCGAAAAGAUCUUAGGAGAACUACAAUCUUUUCAUCCGGAUCUAAAAGCGGAGAUAGUGUUUCUGGAUUUAUGUGAUUUGAAUACUAUCAAGGUAUUGCCUGAUGAGCUCAGAAAGAGAGGAGUGGAAAAGAUUGAUAUACUCAUCAAUAACGCUGGAGCGAAUCCGGGAAAUGCCAGCAAACCACCAGAAUUCACCAAAGAUAACUACGAAAAAACAUUCCAAAUCAACGUCCUAUCACCUUUCCUGCUAUCUUUAAACCUCUUACCGUUCUUAAGAGAGUCACCUGCACCAAAGAUCCUAUUCUUAGGUUCGGGAGUACACGCUUCUGCCGAUGUCAAGCUUAUUGAGAGCUCCUUGAAGGAAGAUAAAUCGAUCGUUCGGGCGUUCAACGAGAAGAAUGGAGAUUGGUACGAUAAUAAACAGAUUUACGGGAUAUCAAAGUUACUCCUCCAAAUGAUCACCCGGUCUCUUAUUCCCUCACUUCCUACAAUCAAUAUCAUAACUGUCAGUCCAGGAUUGGCAAUCACGAACCUAGGCAGGGAUUUCAACUUCAAUCUUGCCUUUUACAUAUUCGGAGCACCAUUCAUGUUGCUCAAUGCGAGAAGUGCUGAGAAAGGAGCGAGAAAUGUUAGUUCAGCUGUAGCUCAGGCGGAUCAGAGCUAUGAUUACUGGGCUGAAUGCGGUCCAUCUUACUCUGAGAGUAGCUGGUUAUCGUCCGGUAACGGGAUAGAAGCUACUAAAGCAUUUUACAAGGAAAUGAUAGAGGAAGUGGAGAAGAUCAGUCCGGGUGCGACGAACGGUUUGAUCGUAUGA